AUGUCCAUGCCCGUACUACACGAACAUCUUCAGUCUGGAUCCAAGAUCAAGGAACUCCCUGGCCACCUCGACGCCAUCACAGCCAUGGACUUUGAUGCGCCGUGGGGCAUGAUGGUCACAGCAGCACUGGACGACACCGUCCGUGUGUGGGAUCUAAGUGCUGGCCGAUGCAUAGGUAUGCUCGAGGGCCAUCUAUCUUCGGUGCGAUGCUUGCAGGUUGAGGAAAAUAUUGUGGCAACGGGCUCAAUGGACGCUUCGAUACGGCUGUGGGAUCUGAGCAAAGCGGAAUACGCACCCCACGAUAACAGGAUCAACAAGCAAGAAGAAGAAAGCGAUGAUGGCCUCGCAUUUGAGAACUCGGAAGAUGCGCCCCCUGCGCCCCCCUCGACUAGCAUGCGAGACUGUCCAAUGUUCUCUCUCGAAUCACACGUAGAUGAAGUUACGGCGCUGCACUUCCGCGGCGACACUUUGGUUUCUGGCUCCGCUGACAAGACCCUGCGGCAAUGGGAUCUGGUCAAGGGCCGAUGUGUGCAGACACUCGACGUACUCUGGGCAGCCGCCCAAGCAACAGCUUCCAACAACACAAACACGACAUGGCGACAGACUGGACGCUCUUCCGACACCUCUGCCGACUUUGUAGGCGCUAUCCAGGUUUUCGAUGCCGCACUUGCGUGUGGUACUGCAGACGGUAUGGUACGACUAUGGGAUCUACGAAGUGGACAAGUACACAGAAGUCUUGUUGGCCACACAGGUCCUGUCACUGCCCUGCAAUUCGAUGACGUCCACCUUGUCACCGGUAGCGCCGACCGGAGCAUUCGCAUCUGGGAUCUCCGAACCGGUGCCAUCGCAGACGCCUACGCUUACGACCAUCCCGUCACCAGCAUGAUGUUCGAUACACGCCGCAUUGUCUCUGCUGCCGGCGUAGACGUUGUCAAGGUUUACGACAAGAUGGACGGACGUCACUGGGACUGUGGUCCUGGAGCUGACAAGGAAGACACGUCGACGCAUUCUAUCAUCGAGCAUGUUAGGAUAAAAGAUGGAUAUCUCGUCGAGGGACGCAGGAAUGGAACAGUUGGUGUGUGGUCGUGUUAGGGAGCCGUUGGUAACAGAUGAGUGGGUGUUGUAUAUACGAAAUGGUGGGGCACACAUUCAUAGCCAGUCAUGGAAAUGGCAAAGUUCGUUGUACUA